AUGAAGUUCCUAUCCAGAUCUGCAAAAAAUGGUUCCUAUUUCAAAAAUCUACCAAAAUCAAGUGCUAUAAAGCUUAUCGAUUUUGGCAAUAAUACAUUUGAAAGUCAGGAUCACAGCUAUGUGGUGUCUACACAUCAUUAUCAUGCUCCAGAGGUCUUGGAUGGAACUAUCCUUGUGAUAUGUGUAAGUAUAGGUUGCAUACUUGUUGAACUGUGCUCUGGCGAGGCACUUUUCCAAACUCACGAGAACCUGGAACAUCUGGCUAUGAUGGAAAGGGUUUUGGGGCCAUUGCCUCAAGAUAUGAUGAUCCGGCAGGCUGAGAUAUAUUUUAGAAGGGGUGCAAAGUUGGAUUGGCUGGAGGGUGCAACUUCAAGGGAACGUAUGAGGGCAGUUUGGAGAUUGCCCUAUCUUCAGGUGAAUAUUAGCUUGUCAACUCCAAACUAUGCAGGAAUUGUUUCUCUCUCUUAUACAGCUAUGGAAAAGUAUACAAGAGGUGCACUGUUUUAG